AUGGUUUCAGCGAACAUCGAAAUCAAGAGACGUGAAAGUAACCAGUCUGCUGGUGGGAAAUCGGACGCCGCACGCUCGUUCUCGCGGCUGUCGAGCAUGCACUUGGCAUCUUCUUCGCCAAUGCGGCGCACUCCGCGAGCGUCUUUCGUUUCGCAUGGAUCAGGGGAACCUGGACCCAGUGGCGAGGGCUUAAUAGAUGGAUCAGCCGCUGCUUCAAUGCAUUCUCUCGAUAUUGAAAACCCAGAUCCAGAAACCGUCAAGGUCGUGGGCCGGCAUCUAGUGGACGCCGACGAUUCAGACGACUCGGAGAGCAAAUUUGCGUCGUUGCGCUUGCAAGGCGGUGAUGUUACUAGACAAAUUUACAAUUGGCAGCGCGAACACGAAGGAAACAGCGGUUCAAUUAAAAGGGGGCGCUCCCGGUCCUUUGAUAUCCCGCGUGAGCCCGCCACUGGGCCGCAUGGCGAGGCUCUCGACAAGAAACAAAUGUUGGUUCCGGGUGGGUUCAGACGUGAUUUUGUGACCCACAAGUCAAUUACUCAGGCCUUGGAGGAGGGCGAUGGAAGUAGAGAAAGCAUCCCCCAGCCAACAAUGAUUGCGCGCAACUUUAUUGAGUUCUUGUCGCUGUAUGGACACUUUGCUGGUGAAGAGUUGGAGGAUGAAGAAGGCGACGAGUCCCUGGAGAGCUACACUGGGGCCCCUUCUGAGCGGACAGCUUUGUUACAACAAAGACCAAGAAUGACCCGUCGGCUGUCUGAGCAAGCUAAAGGGCAGGCGUCGGUUCCUGAAACCGUGAUGCUUUUACUUAAAUCUUUUGUUGGCACUGGCGUUCUAUUCUUGCCUCGUGCGUUCUACAACGGCGGCAUUUUAUUCUCAAGCAUUGUGUUGGUCGUUGUGUCGGUUGUUUCCUACUGGUGUUUCUUGCUACUUAUUGAUGCCAAGUCUUUCACCCAAGUAGCUUCUUUUGGUGACAUCGGUGGAGCACUAUUUGGCCCCAGGUUCAGGAAUUUGAUUCUCGCUUCAAUUGUGAUGUCACAGCUGGGAUUCGCGGCCGCGUACACUGUGUUUGUUUCCGAGAAUCUCCAAGCAGUAAUCAAGAGCUUUAGUGAAACUGGUGAGGUUGUCAGCGUACAAGCUCUGAUUGUCCUUCAGCUCAUCAUUUUCUUGCCUUUGAGUAUGAUCCGUGAUAUUGCUAAACUGGGAUUCACCGCAUUGGUCGCAGACUUUUUCAUUCUGCUUGGCCUGCUAUAUCUUUACGGCUGGGGUACCACAACGGUAUUGACUCAAGGUAUUGCCGAUGUGGCCUUAUUCAAUAAGAGCAACUGGACCUUGUUUAUUGGUACAGCGAUUUUCACAUUCGAGGGAAUUGGAUUGAUUAUCCCCAUCCAAGAGUCGAUGCGAGAACCUAAAAAGUUCAAUGGCGUUUUGGCAGCAGUCAUGGUGGGCAUCACUUUCGUAUUCGUUUCGGUUGGUGCACUGCUGUACGCUGCGACGGGCUCCAAGGUUGAGACGGUUAUUCUACUUAACCUCCCUUCUGACUCGUCGGCUGUCACAACCAUUCAAUUCCUUUACUCGCUGGCCAUUUUAUUAUCAACCCCUUUGCAGCUUUUCCCAGCAAUUCGCAUUCUCGAAAAUGGACUCUUCGUUCGCAGUGGUAAAUUCUCGCCUCGGGUCAAAUGGGAGAAGAAUGGAUUUAGGUUUCUGAUCGUCUUAUUAACGGGUGCAAUUGCAUACGUGGGCGCCAAUGAUUUAGACAAAUUCGUCGCCUUGACGGGUUCUUUCGCCUGCGUUCCUCUUGUUUAUAUUUAUCCUCCCAUUCUGCAUAUGGAAACAAUUUCGCGUGGCCACUGGAGAUGGUGGUCGGACGUCGUUCUAACCGCUUGCGGAUUCGGAAUCAUGUUCUACACUACCUACACAACAUUCGUUAGUUGGGUUUCCUAG